AUGGCCUCUCUGACGCCACGCCAGUCCGUAGACGUGGACAGCUUCUCUUCCAGCUCACCCAACCUCUUCUCGAAAAGCGAAUACCCAUUUCCCAGGUUGGUAGCAUUGCAAAUGGCGAGGGGUGUGGUGCUGACAGUUGACAGACCUGGUUCGAGUAGUAGCAAUAGAUAUCAACCACGGAGAGGCUCAACCGCAAGUUCAAUACACUCAAUAGGAGGCACAUUAGACACUGCAUCAAAUUGGCAUGGACUGAGCGAAUCAGGGCAGAAUGCUAUAUCUACUCUACUACAACCCCCCAUCGUCCGGACUGGUCUUAUUCCGCACACCUCGGCGCCGGCAUCGAGCGCACACAAGCCACCAACUGCCCGAGACAUCCCACCUGUGACGCUCACCAAUAUACCUACCGUGGAUCCGUCCGAAUUCAAGCCCUAUUUGUCGCAGGUAGGGGCUCUGUAUGACGCGCUUCAGAGGGCCAAAGAAAAUGCGGAAGAAGGCGGAACCCAAUUGCUCAGGAAGGGUAAUCAAACGGAUGACUUUGCAGAUCUCUUGGAUCCAGAGAGACGGUUAUCUAGUCGGCCAAAUCUUUCGAAACGAUCUUCACUAGCCUCUUUAGCAUCGUCUAUUGAGACGCCCUCGGUGACUCGAAGGAGAUUAAGCGGAGGCAAGCGAAUGAUACAUGCCCCGACCCCUUUGUCAACGAUACCCCCCGUCUACUUCGAAGAAGACUUUCACCUGGAGAAUCCACGUACGUUUGAUGUCGUUAGUGAACGUUCAGAAGUUGUAAAGCCAGCGCCGGGGACUCCUGAUGAACGCAAGGCUCAAAACGGCGCUGCCACUGGUCCUCGGAAAGCUUUGGCAACUAAUGCCAUUCUCCAAGAGAAACUAUCGUGGUAUAUGGAUACAAUUGAAGUACACCUUAUAGCAUCGAUUUCGACUGCCUCUACAUCCUUUUUCGCCGCCCUUGGGGAGUUAAGAGAGCUUCAUUCUGAAGCAGCCGACUCUGUGAGUCGAAUAAAAGCGUUACGGAAGGAAUUGAAAGAGCUUGAUGAGGACAUGGCUAUUGGCGGACUGGAUAUUGUUAACAAGAAACGGAGGAGAGAGAAUAUAAAACAACUAGGGGAUGCGGUCCAUCAGUUGAAACGAGUGGUCGAAACUUUGGCAACAUGUGAGUCCCUGGUUGACAGUGGCGAAGUUGAGAAAGCGUUGGAUGCCAUGGAUGGCUUAGAAAAACUCAUCGCUGGUGAAGAGCAAGGAAUGAGAUCGGAGUAUGGCGCUAUCCAGUUUCGAGAUCUCAGGGGUGCAACCGCAUUACAAGGAGUCACAAACGACCUCGAUGUUCUUCGAUCUCGUAUUGGCAAAACAUUCGAGUCGAGAUUCCUUCAUACUCUACUUGGGGAUCUCCGGCGUCAUGUAGAAUCGGUUUCUAACCCGGAUAUAUUACAACGAUGGAGUAGCGCAUCAAAACGAUCGCGAGGGGGGCAUAAUCGGGAGCCAUCAAUAUACCCUUCUUAUUUAGCGAUGGGUGAAGAUUUUAGACCUGAGUUGCAGUCAAUCCUCAACGGUCUACAUCGCGCACGGCAUACUUCUCCCGCAACCGCUGCAUAUCGAGAGUCAGUACUGCGCGAAGUUCGAAACAUCAUCCGUCGGCCACUGCCAGCUUCGAAUGAUGAUGACGCUACCUCCAUGAUGUCGACUUCUACGAUUGGCGGAGGCCAACAAAAGUCGCAGCAGGAGAAGUCGACGAUCCUAGCACGUAAUUUAAGAGCAUUAGACCCUGAAGAUGCUGAAGAACUACUCAAAAAAGUAUACAUUGGCGUUGGCGAGACCUUGAGGCGACUUGGCUUUCAAGUCAAGAUAUUAUUGGAUGUUACCAGUACUCUUGGGGAUCCUUCACCUCCUGCGGGCAUGAAAUCUCCCCCACGAAGUCCCAAUAUCGCUGCUCUUGAUGGCCGACUGAAGCAAAACUCAACUCAGCAAAUACAGGAAGAGAUGCACCUAACCCUGGAUAUGUCGAAUCUUCUAGGACAAGCUGUCGAUAUAGCACAAGACAAAAUCGUGAAAGUAUUGCGUGUACGAUCAGAGCAGAGUAUACAUCUUCCAGUUGAAAAGUUCUUGAGAUACUUCAAUCUAAACCUUCUUUUUGCAAAUGAAUGCGAGGCAGUUUCCGGAAGAAGCGGUACGGCGCUGAAGAACGUUGUCAAUGGUCAUAUUAAAGACUUCGUCCACCAACUUGGCGAUUCUGAGAAACAGGCAUUAGCUACUGGUAUGGAAACUGAUCCAUGGAAUGCAAGUGACUUCACAGACUCUGAUAAAGAAGAGUUGUCGCGGAUCCUUUCGGCAAGUACCCAGGACGCAGAAGCUUGGAGUACAGGCAGCAACAUAUGGCUCCCGCCUGAGAAUCCACCUACGAGUACCCUAGCAGUCCCGUCUUCUGCUCAAACGAACGGAACAUCUGGGACCUCAACGCCAUCUUCCACUCCCGCCAAGCCUACAAUACGCCCUGCAAUCAUCGAAGGUGAAACCUUCCUGCUCCCUAUGUCUGCCAUCUCCUGUCUCCAUGGCAUAUCCACCUUCCUGCACCUGAAUACCGGUAUCCCAUCCAUGACGAAUGAGAUUGCAGCAUCAAUCCUCUCCUACCUAUCAACCUUUAAUUCUCGUUGUACACAACUUAUCCUAGGUGCCGGUGCAACUCGCUCGGCAGCUAGCCUAAAGAAUAUCACGACCAAACACCUAGCUCUAGCAGCACAAGCUGUGUCCUUUAUCAGCAGUCUAAUUCCCCACAUCCGCGAAUUCGUACGUCGACAUGCUGGAUUAAACACCAGCAUCUCAAACCUAAUGGGCGAGUUCGACAAAGUGCGACGCGCAUACUUAGAACAUCAACAGUCGAUCUAUGACAAGCUCGUUGAUAUCAUGGCCGGUCGUGCAGCUGCACAUACCAAAGCUAUGAAGCUGAUCGAUUGGGAGAUCGCAGGCAAAGAUGGCGUCAAUGCAUAUAUGGAGACUCUGACCAAGGAGACGAGGACUCUGCAUAGGGUGCUGAGUAAUUAUCUGCCGGCGAUUACGGUGCAGGGGAUUAUGGAGCCCGUGUUUAAGAGUUAUAAAGAGCAACUAGGAAAGUCGCUUGAAGAUGUGUCGCUGGGGAGCGAGGCUGCUCAAUCUAGGAUGCUUCGUGAUGCGGAACACUUCAAAGCGAGAAUAGGCGGUUUAGACGGCGCGGGCGAUACAGGAGAUUUCGUCGUCAAUCUUGUGAAAAAUAAGAACGUCCCAAAGCCCAAAACGCCUUCACCCCCACCUGUAAAAGAGGAAGCUGCGACAAAUGGCACGAUACCUACCCCUGAAACUAGUGGGAAUGGGAAGGGGGGUGAGAAAGCCAACGAUGAAAAAGCUCCUGAAUAG